GAACAGUUGAGUAAUAUGUAUGUGUGUGUCUCUGUCUUUCAGAUGCUGAACAAGAUCCGAGAGGAGGAGAAACCUGAAGCGGGACCCACAGCCGAGUUAGACAAGCUCAGGCACACAGACUGGGCACGGCUCUGGGUGCAGUUGAUGCGAGACCUGCGGAAUGGUGUCAAGCUGAAGAAGGUCCAGGAGCAGCAGUUUGACCCGCUGCCUACCGAGUUUGAGCUCACCCCCUUCGAGAUGCUCAUGCAAGACAUCCGCGCCCACAACUUCAAACUGCGCAAGGUCACGGUUGACAGCAGCAUCACAACACGGGUAAAGAAGGAUGCUCAUGAACUCAUCCUGGAUUUUAUCAGAUCUCGACCUCCAUUAAAACCGGCAUCUGAAAGGAGACUUCGGCCACUGCCUGAGAAGGAGCGCACCCUCCAUGAGAAAAUCCUGGCAGGAAUCAAGCAAGAGAGGAAGCUGCGACCAGUGGAGUCCCCCUGCCAGAACAGGAGAAACUUUGGCUCCCUGCCCUGCAUUGUCCAGGCCUACUCCAGUGAUGUGAUGUCCACCUCUUGCAUUGACCUCUCCAUGCCAGAGGGUGCUGCCAGAGCCCCACCGCAACGCCCUCGGGUCCUGCUCAAGGCACCGACCCUGGCUGAGAUGGACGAGUUGAAUAUCUCUGAGGAAGAAGAGUCUCCGAAUGGGGACAUGAAGAGGGUGGAGAGUUCGCCGGUGCCUCUGAAGCGCAACCACUCCUUCUCUGAGCGAGACCUGGUCCAGCUGCAGAGCGAGAUGGCACAGUCACAGUCUGCGUCGGCACACUUUGCUGGGAGAGGGGAGCGGCCGCGCUCUGGAAGUGUGGGCCUCUCAUCCAGGGAUGCGAUUCACUAUAGGGCUUCUUCCCCUGCUGGGGGUCUGGCAGCCAAGAGGUCAGUGGCGUUCUCCCCUGGGAGAGGCUCACUUAGCUCAGUGGAGGAGAGGUCAGAGAGAGACGGCAGCUCUUUGUCCAAACACAGCUCCACGAACCAGUGGAUGGAAGAGUUCAGCCAUCCUGUGGAGAGUCUUGCUCUGACCAUAGAGGAGGUGAUCACCGUGCGCAAGGUGUUGGUGAAAGCUGAAAUGGAAAAGUUCCUUCAGGACCGGGAGCUGUGCAAUAACCUGAAGAAGGGAAAGGUUUGUUGCUGCUGUCGAGUGAAGUUCCCAUUGUUUUCAUGGCCGUCGAGUUGCCUCUUCUGCAAAAGAAAUGUGUGUGGAUCAUGCAGUGUAAAGAUGAAGAUCCCUUCAAAGAAGCUGGCACACAUACCUGUUUAUGCCAUGGGUUUUGAGAGCACUGGAGGCCGUCACUCCAAGAAGCAUGAUGUCUAUCAGUCUCUAAGGAGUCUGAGCUGCCGGUCGGUUGAAGAGGAGUUCCCUCAUCUCUAUGCCAACGGCUGCAGUCUGAAGGAUAUCUGCACUGAGUGCACCAAGUUUGUCGGUGAUGUCAUCACCUCGAGCCGGAAGAGUUUGGACAUUCUGAACACCACACCCAGAAAAGCCCAAUCCCUGCGUGUCCCUGUUGGCAGGUCUGCAAAGUAUAAAUAAACUCCUUUUUCGGGACUUAAUUCAGCCAUCUCCGAACUGAAAAAGCAUAAUGUUCCUUUACCGGCAUGUUCUAAAUAAUGCAGUAUUGCCUGUGAUAGCUUCUCCUUCCGGUUCUCUCCUGAAGCACAUUCCUCAGCAUCUUGUCUGAAAGAACAGCUGUACAGUCGGCCAGGUAUGGCCUUGCAAACCCACGGAGUGUGUUGCCAUUGGCUUUGCAAAUCACAAAAUCAUUGUAAAAGUAUUUAAUGAAUGUGAUCCACAACUACAUCUGAAAUAUGCCUUCUGUAUUGGAGUGGACAGCAACAUUCUGCCUUGCCUCAACAAGUGCAGCUUGGAUUUAAAAAAAGGGAACAUGCAAGGCAGUGAUUCAGGAAAGGUGUUGGGAUGGGAUUAUGAAACUCCAGAAACUUGAAAAAAGACACUAACCUUUCUAUGUUGUCCACACUGAGAACUAGCGAAAUAUUCUUUAUCUAAGCGUUAUAGUUCAUCAGGACUUCCAUCAUAACCACCAUGGAUGUGGCUUGAGAUGUACAGUAAUUCCUGAUGAAAGAUUUGUAUGUAUAUAAAAAACAACACAUGUAUUGCUAUUGCUGCUGCUGCUGCUGCAGAAUGAAAGAAAAUGCACCUCCUAAAGUGUAAAGCAGAAGACUACUGUUUGUCUUUUAUGUGUAUAUAUGAGGAGUACCAUUUUUUUUUUAUCCCUCAGUAAACAAAUAUGAUGUACAGUAUUUGCAUUGGAAUUCUGCAAUCCAGACCUUGUAUUGAGACAUGUUAUCCACCCAGUAGCUGGUCUUUAAUUGAUAGCAUGGGAAUGUUUUCAUUUUAAUAACGUAACUCAACAGGGUAGUUACACAUGAAUGGUUGCAUUUCCAACCAUUGAGUUCUGUGGUUGCAGAAUUACAACAAGGCUACUACAGCAUGAAGAGCCAAGAUGGAUUUUCAUAAUGGCAAUAAUAACCUAGACCUACUGAAGCUACCAGUGCGGUCUUUCAUUAAGAUUGCUUCCCAGUUAAUUUUAAAAAAAAAGUUUAACUUGUUUUUAUGUCCUGCUGCUCUGGAGAGUUUAUGUUGUGUGUUGUGUGGUUGUUUUUUUUUUUUUUUGGUUUUUUUUUUAUACUUGGUUUGUGUUUGUCAUGUUACCCUACAUUUGUUCUCAUGAGAAAACAUUGUAUGCUAGAUUUGUGACGAUAGGGAAAGCUACCUGGCUUUGAUUCUCCAGUUAGCUGUAUUAAAAUGGUGCCAACAGCAAAAGGAUCAUCUUAACACGGAAUAAAAUGAAACUGCAAUAAAACUGUGCUGUAGU